AUGGCAUGGCAGAGCAACCAGACUUCAGGGAGUGAUUUCAUCCUCCUGGAUCUGUUUCACGGCACCCCAGUUCCCCGGGUCCUCGUGGCGUUCACCUUGGUGGACCUUCUAGUCGCCCUGCUUGGCAACUCCACAAUCCUCCUCCUCAUCUGGGCUGACCCUCUUCUCCACAACCCCAUGUACUUCCUGCUCAGCCAGCUCUCCCUCAUGGAUCUCUUGUAUAUCUGCACUUUUGUCCCCAAGAUGGUCCUGGUCUUUCUCUCUGGGGAUCGCCGCAUCUCCUUCAUAGGGUGCAGCUUUCAGAUGUUUCUCUUCAACACUCUGGCUGGAUCAGAAUUCCUGUUGCUGGCUGUGAUGUCCUAUGACCGAUAUGUUGCGAUCUGCCAGCCACUGCGUUAUCCCAUCCUCAUGCGCCCCAGGGUCUGCGUGUUGUUGGUACUUGUGACCUGGCUGGGGGCCCUGCUCAAUGCUAUGAUCCAUGUGCCCUACACUCUGACUCUCCCCUACUGUGGCUCCCGGGAAAUCCAUCAUUUCUUUUGUGAGAUCCCAGCUCUCCUCAAAGUGGUCUGUGUGGACACCUCCCAGUAUGAAAUGGGUGUUUUUGUGAGUGGGGUGGUUUUUAUCCUUCUUCCUUUUUCAGCUAUUCUGGGCUCCUAUGGCAGCAUACUGUCCACUGUACUGGGCAUGGGGUCAAGGCAGGGACUCAGGAAAGCCUUGACUACGUGCUCUUCUCACGUGAUUGUGGUGUCCCUCUUCUAUGGUGCUGCCAUCAUCAAGUACAUUGUGCCAAAGUCCUACCACACCCCUGAGCAGGAGGAAUUGGUCUCUGUUCUUUACACCAUUAUAACGCCCAUGCUCAAUCCUCUCAUCUACAGCCUGCGGAACAAGGAUGUUGCUAGAGCCUUCUGGAAAGUUUUUGGAAAAUGA